UAAAGAUCUUUCUAAGAAUCCCAAAAAAUAACAAAUAAAGGGAAAGAAGACAGAUGAAAAACCAAAAAAAGAUAUAAUGAAAAUGCAAAAAAAGCACACAGUAAUAGAAAAAGAAUAAAAGCCUAUAGAAUUAAAAAUAGCUUCUAAAUAAAAAAAAGGAAUAUAGAAGAUUAAAAAGCAACCAAAAAAAAAACUCCUAAUUUAGUCUAAAAAAAAUAAUAAGAAUAAAAACUACUACCAUAGUCAUAAGAAAAUAAAAAAAUAACAAAUGAGCCUUUAGUUGAAUUAAGAGAUACCGUAAAAGAUGUUCUUUUAACACAAAAAAAAAAAAAAGUUGAUGAAAGUUAAUUAAAAAAAGCUAUUGCGAAAAUGAGAGCAAGAGAUGCAAAAGUUCCUUUAGAAAAUACAGCUUAAAAUUGUACUAUUUAUGUAGGUCAUUUACCUCAUGGUUUAUUAGAAGAGGAAUUAAAGACAUAUUUUUCUUAAUAUGGUGAAAUAUAAAAUAUUAAAGUUGCAAGAAGUAAAAAAACUGCUAGAAGCAAAGGAUAUGGGUUUAUUUAAUAUUUACAUCCUGAAGUAGCUGCUAUUGCUUCUAAAACUGUGAAUGGACAUAUGGUUUCGGGAAAAGUAUUAUAAGUUCAUGUUUUAAAAAAAGAUUAGAAAAAUCCUUUUAGUUUUAAAACUGGUUAAAAAUAAUAUAAAUUUAUUAAUUGGAAGAAAAUUCAUACAAAAGAAUUUAAUAAAUCUAAAAGUUAAGAAGAAAUUGCUAAAAAUGUAAAAAAUUUAAUCUCAAAUGAAUAAAAAAAAAAAGAAUAAUUAAAACAAUUAGGAAUUAAUUAUGAUUUUCCAGGAUUUGUAAUAUAUAUAUAUAUAUAUAUAUAUAUAUAUAUAUAUUUGAUAAAUAAAAAUAUAUGUAGAAGGAAUUUCUUGAUAAAUAAGAAUGAAUAGAAAAAAUACAUAUUUAUAUACAAUAUUUUAAUUUCUUUUUUAUUCAAAAUUGUUUAAAAGUAUUAAAUAUUUUUAAAUUAUAAAUAAAAUUUUAUUAUAAUAUAUAAAUAAAACAUUUAAAUUUAUAAUUAAAUAUUUUUUAUUUUUUGA